AUGCUCAGUCUUUUUGGCUUCGGGCCGUUCAUCUACGCGAGUUGCCUUCUCCUCAACGCCAUCGCGAUCCUGUCUGAAGACCGCUUCCUCGCUCGAAUUGGCUGGGGCAAAACCUCUUUGAACGACCCUUCUGCCGGCGCUGCGUUCGGUGCUCCCGGUCAGGACCCGGAGAGCUUUCGCAGCAAAGGCAUCAACCUGAUAUCGAGUGUCCGCACGCUAUGUCGAGCCGAGCGAUCCAAUGCUCUAUCUGCAACCCAUACUACGAAUGAUCCGGGCGAAGAGUAUCAGACAUGGAUGUAUCAGUCGCUGGAAGCCUAA